ACUGCAAUUAAACAAUUGGUUAAAAUAUAUUUAAAUUAUGUUUAUAAUCCACGAUGUCUCACGGUUGUCAAUAGUAUCGUGCAAAUUAAGACAAAAACAAACAUUGUUUUCGUUCAUUCCAUUUUACCGGACAGAACAGGUUUUAAAAUGGAAUCUAAUCUGAGUGGUGACACUGCAUUGGCAGCUAAUGUAGUAAUUAGCUGUAUUAUUUAUAUGUCGACUGUUUUUAUCGUAUCACUCGUGAUUAAACUAUCGUUAAGGACGUGCCAGGAUAGAUUGACGUUCGUAAACCUCGCAGACGAUGCAAAAUAUCAUCUGACAUCGCUGUCAAUGGAAAUCGUUGAAAUCACCGAACAUUAUUGUUACACCAUGAAUAUCGGAAUAAUACUGAAGUUGUAUAUUUUAUCGGGAAAGAUGGUCGUGGUGAUAUUGUUAAAAUUGUUUUGUAAUUAUUUGAUAAAACUAACGACAAAUUCGUGUGCGUAUUACGUAUUUCGUACAAAUUUAGUGUUCAUAGUCUAUCACACCAGUCCAUUGGCAUUAUCUGUCGUAACUAAUUUGCGCAACUUCAUUAUUCAACUCAAACAUCGUAGACGAGGAAAAUAUACGACGAAUUGUCCCGAUGGUCAUAUUACCAAUAACUACACAAAGGCGUUGAGAGACAUUGUUGUACAAGAUUUGUAUCAAGGCGUAAACGUUUUAAGAAGUAUAGUGGCAUUAAUUGCAUCAAGUUACAUUAGCAACAGGUGCACUUUGGCGCUGUGGUCCGUUAACAUGCUGAACACGGAGAGAACGUUCUUCAAGACCCGAUGCUCUAGGAAUUUGAAAAUUGCAGACACGUUGAAAGCGGCCACCGGGGAAGCCGUCAUCACUUUCGCGUACUUGGCCAUGCAGUUGGGUUUGAGAAAGGCAUGCAUGUGCUUGCGGGUUUCCAAAAAUCUAUUGACAUCGUUUGUACUGAUGUAUAUAAAUAUGACCGUGUUCAGAUACACCGGCGUGCUGAUGAAUCCGACUUACGCGACGGCCUUGAUGUACGGUUGUCCCGGACAAAUCAAUAGGGACCAUUUCAUAAUUUUUUGGAUCGGGCCAAUCAUCGGUGCACUCGUCUUCAAAGACGUCGUAAAAAUAGCACAAAUUAUGUUUAAUAUGAUGAGGCGUCACAAUUAAAGUGGUAUAUGAACAGAAUAGGUUAGCUAUACACAGCUAUAUAUAUAUAUAUAUAUUUAUGUAUAAUAUUAUAUUGGUAGGUAAUAGGUAUUCGUAUACCGUAUGUCGCCGAACGCUGUAUACCUACCAACUAGUAAUUAUCAUACACUAUAAAAUAGAUACGACUAUACUUGAUACAAUGAAUAUUAAGCGCAAAAAUAUAUCGAUUAUACCUACUUGCAACAACUCAUAUAUUGUAUACAACAAAACCACGUUUGUUGCUAAGACGAGAAUUACUUGUUUGUUUUCUAUAUAGGUAUUAUAUUUAUAAUAUGUAUAAUACUACAAUGUAUAUACAUAUACUGUGAUAUAAUGAUAAGACAACACUUUUAUUGAUAACAUAUGCGUAUAACGCGUUAACGUGUUAUUGUGUAUAUUUAAUAUUUAAUUAUUAUAAACGUGA